AUGAUGCUCCCAGGAAGACGUAAGAUACCAAACAUCGUCCUCCUGGGCCUCCCCGUCUCCCUCUUCCUCCUCCUUCUCUGGCACAAUGACGGUGCCCUCCCUGCAAACCCAUUGUCAUCGCCAUGGUCAUCCGCGGUGCCGCCAAAACCAAUAGAAUGGAUGACAGACCAGGACAAGUCGUACUUUUGGAGGACGGUCAAGGUCAACCACCCGGCGCCCCAGCCCCUCCAGCAGCUUCCCGUCGCGCCCUCUGUCCGCUUCCCGCAGGUCCAGGCCCAUUUCCCGCCCGAGACCAGCGCCCAGCGCCGCGUUCGCGAGGAGCGCCGGCAGGCCGUCAAACAGGCCUUUUCGAAAGCGUGGGCUUCCUACCGCGAGCACGCCUGGCUCUCGGACGAGCUGAUGCCCGUGUCCGGGGGCCGCCGGGACACGUUCGGGGGCUGGGCCGCGACCCUUGUGGACUCGCUCGACACGCUCUGGAUCAUGGACAUGAAGGACGACUUCUCCGACGCUGUGGCGGCCGCCGCUACGAUCGACUUCACCACGACCAAUCUGGAAAAGAUCAACGUCUUCGAGACCAACAUCCGGUACCUUGGCGGCUUCCUGUCGGCCUUUGACCUCAGCGGCGACGUCCGCCUGCUGCGCAAGGCGGCCGAGGUCGGCGAGAUGCUGUACAAGGCCUUUGACACGCCAAACCGCAUGCCCGUCACCCAUUGGAGGGUCGGCGACGCCUCCAAGGGUGAACCGCAGAAGGUUGACAGCGGCGAGCUCGUCGCCGAGCUCGGGAGCCUUUCCAUGGAGUUCACCCGUCUCUCGAUCCUCACGGGCGAUCCGAAAUGGUGGGACGCUACACAGCGCGUCAUGGCCGUCUUCGAGGCGCAGCAGAACAAGACCAACCUGCCCGGGCUGUGGCCGCUCGUCGUGAAUCCGGAGACGGAGGUCUUCUACGAGGGCGACGACUUCACCCUCGGCGCCAUGGCCGACUCCCUCUACGAAUACCUGCCCAAGAUGUCCGCCCUCGUUGGCGGCCGCAGCCCCAUGUACAAGGCCAUGUACGAGGCCGCCAUCGCCCCGGCCAUCGAGCACAACCUCUUCCGCCCCAUGACCCCCGGGAACGACGACAUCCUCGUCGCGGGCCAGGCGCACUCCCGCGGUUCGGAUACGGGAACCCGAUACAUCGAGCUCGACCCCCAGGGCCAGCACCUCGUUUGCUUCAUGGGCGGGCUCAUGGCCCUUGGCGGCAAGCUCUUCAACCGCCGGGACCAGCUCUCCCUCGCGCGCAAGCUCGUCGACGGGUGCAUCUACGCCUACCGCGCCUUCCCGCACGGCAUCAUGCCCGAGACGUUCUACAUGGUCCCCUGCCCGUCCAAGGAGACGUGCGAAUGGGACGAGGGCCUCUGGAAGAAGCACGUCCGCCAGCGCACGCAGAAGGACGCAGGCGACGACGGCGGUGGAGGCGAGGGACGUUCGGCCGACGACAUCAUCAGCCAGGAGCGUCUCGUCAAGGGGUUCACCGCCGUGCCGGACAGGAGGUACAUCCUCCGCCCCGAGGCCAUUGAGAGCAUCUUCGUCAUGUACCGCACCACGGCGGAUGCGGUGUUGCUCGAGGCCGCGUGGGACAUGUGGACGGCCAUCGACAACGCGACGAGCACGGACCUGGCGAACACGGCGGUCCGGGAUGUCACGGCCGAGGGGAAGCCGCCGGCGGCAGACUCGAUGGAGUCGUUUUGGAUGGGGGAGACACUGAAGUAUUUCUACCUCGUCUUCAGCGAGCCGGGCCUUGUGAGUCUGGAUGAGUUUGUGUUCAACACCGAGGCGCACCCCUUUAAAAGGUGGAAGUAG